UGUCGAUUGAUUCGAAGGCAUAUAACUCUUACCCGUUUCCACAUCCAAAAAGUACAUAAAAAGUACAUAACAGUCGUCCCAGAUCCAUAAUGAGCAACAAGCCGGGGUGCGAAGUGACCGAUCCCAGCAACGAGGUGCUCCGCUCGUCGGCCUUCCUCCAGAAUGGUCCCGUGAAGGAGGUGCGCAGCCUGGAGGACCUGGACCGCUGGGUCCGCUCGCAGGCGUACCACGACACGAUUGCCUACAUCAACAACACGAGCAAGGCGAUCCAGGGCCACCGGUCGACGCACAGCUUCCCCGUCACGGAGCAGAUGCGGCGCCUGUGCGAGAUCUUCGACGGAUUGGAGCACCUGCUGGCGGAGCACACGCCCAAGCUGGAGGGAUCGGCCGUGACGGUGCCGGCGGCCGAGGUGAAGAGUCGAUCCUACCGCGCCUGGAUGCAGCACAUGUUCCAGCACGUGUUCAGCAAGCUGGACCAGGCGGUCCGGGCCAAGUGCAAGCACAUCAACGAGCUGGGCCAAUACCUGCGCCGGUCCUUCGGGAACGCCACCAGCCUGGACUUCGGUCCGGCCAACGAGCUCAUGUUCCUCUUCUUCCUCUGCGGCCUCUUCCGGGCCGGCAUCCUGAUGGCCACGGACACGGUGGCCGCCGCCCUGAUGCUCUUCGCCCGCUACAUCCACCUGGUGCGCCGGCUGGUCACCACCUAUGCCCUGCCCAUUGCCCGGGACCCCAAGUGCUCCAUCGAUGACUACUACUUCCUGCCGUAUCUCUGGGGAGCCGCCCAGCUCUCGGUGGAGGCCCCCUUCACGCCGAUGCAGUGCGAGCAGGGCAAGCUGAUCGAGUGCCACCGGCAGGACUACAUGAUCGUGGAUCUGAUCGAUCACCUGCAGAAGUCGCGCGGCGGCCCCUUGAGCCAGGUGGCCUUCCAGCUGUGGAGCAUCCUUUCGAUUCCCACCUGGCCGCAGGUGUACCGUGGCCUGGAGCGGAACUACGUGGACCACGUGCUCUCCUCCUUCAAAACCGUAGAGCAUGCCAUCUUCUGUGAGCUGAUGUCCUUCGAUGCGGUGUCGCAACAAAGUCAGUUGGAGCGGGCCUUCCUGGGCACCAGGAGUGUGGAGGGAGACGAUGUGGAACUGUUGCCGCCAGUCAGCAGAUACGUGGGCAUGCAAACGGAAUCCGUUCUCGGAUUCGAGGAGGACACGCCCAAGGAGGCCAAGUCGGAUGACAGCGAGGGCGAUCGCCUCUGGAUGCUGCGGCAGAUGGUCGAGGACAACGAUCCCAACUCCACUCCGUUUAUCCCCGGUCAGCCAGUUGGCCAGAAUGACUCCGUCACAUCGUUUCUCACCGAAGGUCCCUAAAAUGCCUCGCCAGUAAUACAAAAAUUAGAAAAGGAACCUGAAUCCAAAAACGAAACCGAAAGGAUGAAAACCGAUUGGCAUUUGUACAAGAUUUUUUUACCCGGUAAUAAUUCUCGAAUGGGUGUAUACUUCAAAGUAUUUUAACUAGCGAAAAAACGCCUUCCAAAACAUAAAAUCCUAUUAAUAUCUGUAAA